AUGUCUAGAAGAAUUCGAAGAACGGAACAAGAUCCAUAUUUUCGAAGGAAUUCAACAAAACGUAUAGGUAUAUCUCAAGAUGAGAUAUUAGAACGUAGUCGAAGAAAUCCUAAUCUUAGCAUUUCACAAAUUGUAGAAGAAAUUAAUAAAGAAAAUGAGGAAGCAUAUGAAAAAGAUUGGUUUCAAAGUUCAUCACCAGGAGGAACCUAUAAUACAUUUUCACAGUUUCCUGUACAUUUUACCUCUGCUGAUGCUACUUCUUUGCAAAACCAAGGUGGAAUCCAACCAACACAAACUAUGGAUUUUACAACGCAAACUACAUCAUUUUUUGGACAACAAUCAGGAACAUUCCAGAAUCCUAUAAUUUCAAGAGAAUCGGUUUCUUUUGGUAGAAAUUUAGUUGAUAAUACUCAAACUCAAACUUCGCAAAAUGUCCCGAUAUUUAAUAUUGAUAGUACUAAUUUAAGAAAAAUAAAAGUUAAACAUGUAUUUCCAAAAAAGUCAGCAAGCACUGAUAGACUUCUCCCAAAUCCAGUACCCCCAAAUAUAAGAACAACUACGGGUGCUUAUGAAGAGAUGAAAAAAUUCUUUAAUAAAGUUUGGGGCUGGGAUGCUUAG